AUGGUCUCUCCACGCAUGCGUGAGACGCCUUCUCAACUCCCCCGCGGCGUCUUUUCUUGGAACAAAACUAGCGCUGAGCUCCGCAGUUUGCGUAGACUCGAAUUUCCUAUUGCUCUCACGGUCCGUGUGGACUCCUCGAGUGGGGCAGUUCCCCUACUUGGCGCAGCCGGCUUUGGUGAAUACACGAUUUGGUGCAGCCGGGGUUUGGUACCGAGCGGAGAGGAGAUGCACACGGCACUCGAGUGUGAGGUAACUAUAAAACCCCGAUUUGUUUACAUUCCCUCCCCCAGAACCGGCCCCGUGCGCGGCGGAGACUGCGAGUCCCGGGACGGCGGGGGGGUAGAAAGAGAGACAGGGACCGGGGAGUCGGGGCUGAGUCCCUCGGGGAUCGGGGCGCUGGGCUUCCCGCAGCUGCUGCAGUCGGCGGCGGCGGCGAGCCGGGCAGAGCGCGCGGUGGGCUGCGCGUGGGGCGCCGCCGCUCCUCGUGUGCGCUCGGGGCUGCUGCCGGGUUAG